UGUCCGUCGAGCGGAAACCUGGAGGCCGCGUAGCCGCCCAUUCCGCCCACCUGUCAUUAUCAUCAUCCGAACUUAAAGCACUGCUAUCGGAAGUGGUAUCACUGAAUGUAUCACUAAAUUCAUCCAACUCAUGCUCGUAAUAUGCCGGGCCAGCAAUAUAGCUCUGGCUAUAACGAUAAGGAGGGGGCUGGCUAGGCACUCCUUGUGCUUUUCCCUUUGCUUUCUCCCUCGUCACGGUUUUGACUUUCACGUCUUCUUCUUCCUCCGAGUCGAUGUCGCUGUCGAGGUAAUAAUCAUAUCGUUCAGUGGCGUCCAUCAUCAGCCCAUUUUCGUUGUCGUAGUGAACGAGUAAAGAAUUUUU